AUGCGUCUCGCGACGUUGUUACCUGCUCUCGCCCUGUGCGCCGAGCGCGCUGCUGCAGCUCUUCAAUACAAGGGCGCAGACAUUUCUUCGCUCCUCAUGCUAGAAGGCCAAGGAAAGACAUACAAGUGGACUGACGGCUAUGUCGAGGGAUUCGAAUGGAUCCUCCAAAAGUCGGGUGCCAAUUCUGUCAGACAACGCGUCUGGGUCAACCCUUCCGACGGUGUUUACAACCUGGACUACAACGUGAAGCUUGCUAAACGAGUCAAGGCUACCGGUAUGAGCGUGUAUUUGGAUCUUCAUUAUAGUGACACUUGGGCCGAUCCUGCCCAUCAGACAACACCCAAAGCUUGGAAGCAAGCUAACAUCGGUGAACUUACCAACAGCGUGUAUCAGUAUACCUUGAGCGUAUGCAAUCGCUUCGCCUCUGAAGGCGUCAACCCUGCAAUUGUCUCCAUUGGCAACGAAAUCAGGGCUGGUCUGCUCUGGCCUCUUGGAGGAACGAGCUCUUACUACAACAUCGCAUCCCUUCUUCACUCCGCAGCUUGGGGUGUCAAGGACUCUAAGCUUAACCCGAAGCCCAAGAUUAUGAUUCAUCUCGACAACGGCUGGGACUCGGGCACUCAACUGUGGUGGUACAAGACCGUUCUCGGACAGGGCCCCCUCUUCACUUCCGAUUUUGAUAUGAUCGGCGUCUCGUACUAUCCGUUCUAUAACUCGGAGGCCUAUCUUGGCUCACUCAAAUACUCGCUUGGCCAGCUUGCGUCUACUUAUGGCAAACAACUGGUCGUCGCAGAGACGAACUGGCCCGUAUCCUGCCCCAAUCCCCAAUACAAGUUCCCUUCCGAUACGUCAUCGAUUCCUAUCUCGGCGGCUGGACAGGCAACUUGGAUAAAGAAUGUCGCAUCGAUUGUCGCAGGCACACCAGGAGGCGUCGGCUUGUACUACUGGGAGCCUGGCUGGGUUGGAAAUGGCGGGCUAGGCUCGAGUUGUGCCGACAACCUCAUGGUAGAUUCAUCGGGAAAGAUUCGUAGCAGCUUCAGUGUAUUUGGGCAGAUCUAA